AAGCCGUAUCUAGGGACAGAUAUACUGUAGCUAAUAUAGCGGGCUUUAUUUGGCUCAUAGUAAAAAUGGUUGUUUGUUUAUUUGUUUUUACGGAGAAACCAAAUUCGUUUCACCAGCAUCAUUGACUUUUUCGCUAUACGCGGAAGUAUUAUUAGCUUGCUUGGCUAACAGGUAGGCAGAUUAAGAUGGAAAUUGAGCUUGAACUGAACACUCAGUUUCCAGUAUGUUAUUUUUAUGAUACAGUUAUUAUGUUGGCUAACGUUAUAACAUAUGCAGAUGAACACAAAAUAGUUUGGUGUGUGAUACAGCUGUCCAGGUGAGUUAUGGGUGGGGUGCUGGGGGUAGGGACAGGUGUCUUCCUCAUCAUCCUCAUUUGGAUAGGAACUCUGGUCCUUAGUCUCAUCAUGUCCCGUGCUGCUGGUCCAGCCAAGCAUGGGAUCAUUCCCUUGGUGCUGUUGGCUCUAACCAUCACCUUGAUCCUUGUGCUCUUCCCUCGAGCCUCUGAAUUACCAUCUUCUGUUCAAGAAACACAGAUAGUCGACACCUUCUUCAUUGGUCGCUAUGUGCUCCUGGCGGUAGUAAUCGUGGUCUUCCUGGUGUCUUUGUUCUUCCUCUUACCUUUCCACCUCCUGGAGCCUGUGUAUGCCAAGCCCCUGAGAACCCACUAGACCAGCAGCAACCUGGCACGUGCCCUAAUGCCCUAUGGACCAGCCAGCAUCAAUGAGACUGACUUAAGAUUAGAGGCUCUUGUAAAGAGGCUUCAUUUUUUUUUGUCUGCUGCAAAAAUGAAAUUGUCUGCUCUGUCUUUAACUGUAACGUUAAAAGAAAUAAACAGAGGACAAUCUCUGCUACCGAAAAGACGAAGACACUUUUGAUUCAAGGUGGCUUCCGUUUAAUGAUAAAAUGAAAAGGGUAAAGGGUGAGUAAGUAUGGAGGAUUCCAGGGGCCCCUGAGUGACAGAAGGGCCAGUAUCUCUAGUGCCCAUUAUUUUGUUAUUUUUAGUUUUUUUUGUUUAGUUAAGCCUUUUGGAAAGUUGUUUUAAUCCCACCACCACAAGCUAUACAUAUAAACCUCAACUGCUCACUUGUGUUACAAAGUGCUAUCCAAAUGAGAAAGAGGAAAUGUUUUUCAGUUUUUGGACUCACUGGUUGCAUUUUUCAAUAAAUAUUUUUUAAUUAAUGUU